AUGGAUUCUCUAAGAGGCCAAGGUGGCAUUCAGAUGCUUUUAACAGCUGAACAAGAAGCCGGACGGAUAGUAUCGGCUGCUAGGACCGCAAAGCUAGCUAGAAUGAAGCAAGCGAAAGACGAGGCUGAGAAGGAGAUGGAAGAGUACCGAUCCAGAUUAGAAGAAGAUUAUCAGAAACAAGUUUCUGGGACGGAUCAGGAAGCAGCUGCAAAACGAUUAGAAGAGGAGACAGAUGGAAGGAUUCAGAACCUUAAGGGCUCUGGUUCAAAGGUCUCUAAAGAGAUUGUCAAGAUGCUCAUCAAGUAUGUUACCACUACUGCUGGAGCAUGA